GAAACGGGCUGCCGUCAGUGACGUCACGGGCACAGAGGGGGCGGGACUCCUCUCUUGGCGGCGGAGCUCUAGUGUGCCGUCAUGGACAGGACGGCCGUCGUCAAAGUGGGUGCCGCGGCCAGUGCGAGCGUGUGUGCCCUGUUCGGUGGCGUGGUUCUGGCCCAGUACAUCGUCGCCAAGAAGAAGAGGGCGGGCAAGAAAACGAGAAUCAUAGAAAUGAUGCCCCAGUUUGAGAAGAAGACGGUGCACAUGAGAGACCCGGAGAGGGUGGAGCAGAUCAUCUGCGGCCUCAUCAAGGGAGGAGCCUCCAAACUUCAGAUCAUCACCGACUUCGACAUGACCUUGAGCAAGUUUGCCGUCAACGGCAAGCGCUGUCCGUCGUGCCACAACAUCAUCGACAACUGCAGUCUGGUGACAGAAGACUGCAGACAGAAGCUGCUGCAGCUGAAGAACAAAUAUUACCCCAUCGAGAUCGACCCUCAGCUCACCAUGGAGGAGAAAUACCCCUUCAUGGUGGAAUGGUAUUUCAAGUCACACACACUUCUGGUGGAGCAAAGGCUGGAGAAGGACAAACUCUCACAGGUGGUGAGAGAUUCAGACGCCGCACUCAGGGACGGUUACGAGCAGUUCUUCGACCGCCUGCACAAGCACGACGUACCCGUCUUCAUCUUCUCCGCCGGCCUGGGCGACGUCCUGGAGGAGAUCAUCCGCCAGGCGGGGGUCUACCACCCCAACGUCAAGGUGGUGUCCAACUUCAUGGACUUUGACGACAACGGCGUCCUGCGGGGCUUCAAAGGCGAGCUCAUCCACGUGUACAACAAACACGACGGCGCCCUGCGGAACACCGAGUACUUCAAGCAGCAGAGGGACAACUGCAACGUCAUCCUGAUGGGCGACUCGCUGGGCGACCUGACCAUGGCGGACGGCGUGCCCAACGUGGAGAACAUCCUCAAGGUCGGCUUCCUCAACGACAAGGUGGAGGAGCGUCUGGACAAAUAUUUGGACUCUUAUGACAUCGUCCUGGUGAAGGACGAGACCCUGGAAGUGCCCAACGCUAUCCUCCAGAAGGUUCUAUAACUUCCCCUCCAGCCAGUGACCAGUGACCCAAACACUGUCCACUACUUCCUGUCCCCCCACCCCCUAAUCACAGCCUUUGUAAAUGUUCUCAAUCAACUCUUUGACAAACCUUCUUCCUGACCUGCUUGUUGCUUCUGCACCUCCACGCCAUCUCCGUCACCUCGCCGCACACACCAUGGAUCCUUGUCCUCGGUCUACCCGGGGAGUCGGACCAGAGAACAGCAGAUGGGUGAUACAGAAGGACGCAAUCCUAAAUACGAAUGGAAAUGUGUUGCAAGCAUCAUUCUUAAGUCUACGUGAGAAUAUCAGAGUUAGCAUCAUUGGAUGUGAAUAUCGGAGGUGUGCGCUCGGCUUUUAGGAGAGAAGAAAAAAAAGAAGCCUUGUUUACUCGCAGUUAAAACUCAUUCAAGCACUUUAUUCUACUGCUCCAACACUCACCCCAUGACUCAUACAUGUGAGUAUCACUCAUACAUGUGUACGAACGAGUAUGACUCAUACAAGUGAGUAUCACUCAUACAUGUGUACGAGUAUGACUCAUACAAGUGAGUAUCACUCAUACAUGUGUACAAGUACGACUCAUACAAGUGAGUAUCACUCAUACAUGUGUACGAGUAUGACUCAUACAAGUGAGUAUGACUCAUACAUGUGUACAAGUACGACUCAUACAAGUGAGUAUCACUCAUACAUGUGUACAAGUAUGACUCGUACAUGUGUACAAGUAUGACUCAUACAUGUGUAUGAGUAUGACUCAUACAUGAGUAUGACUCAUACAUGUUUUACUCAUACAUGUGUACGAGUAUGACUCAUAC